GACUGCGGCGCCCUAUUUCCUUUCUUCGCUCUAAAUGGACAAGUGCGUACGCGCUGGGAGAAAACGAGUCGUCAACGGCCGCGAAACUUUAGUCACAAACACCGUAUAACUUUAAACAUAAGGUGGUUAAAAUACAAGUGGAUAUCUAACUAGGUGAAGGUAAAGGUGGUGUAUUUAAACCACGUCGUUGUGUUUAGGCGCUUGUUGGCGGUGUAAACAGCGUGAAAGAGGAGUUGUGGGUGGGUUUGACGGUUAUGGCAGCACCGCGACCCAUUAAAGGUAUCCUGAAGAACAAAUCCAGUAUCAAAGCCCGACCCGAAGAGCCAGUUCAGGACACUUCAGAACCAGCAGCGCAUAUAAACCCUGAGGACGACCAACAAAAGAAGUCACAGAAAUGGGAUGAAAUGAACAUUUUGGCCACGUAUCACCCAGCAGACAAGGACUAUGGGUUGAUGAAGAUAGAUGAACCCAGCACGCCAUACAACAGGAUGGCGGGCGAUGACGAGGAUGAGGGGGCACUCAGCGACUCGGAUGGAAAUACAGUCCUACCCGGAGAUGACCUCGCAAAAAAGCUAGCGGCAGCAGUGGAGGAGGGAGCUGAAUCUCGCUUUAUGAGGGAGGAGGUGGAGGAGGAGGACAGCAGUGAGGAAGAGGAAGAUGAGAUGACUCCAGAGGAGCAAGCCAAAAAGCAUCAGUUCCAGAUGAUGAGGAAGAUGCAUUAUAAUGAAGGCCUGAACAUUAAGCUAGCCCGACAGCUAAUCGCCAAUGAGCUGGAAGAGGAUGAAGAUGAAGAAAUGAAGGACGACACAGAGACUGAAGACAUCACCAUUGACCCACCUCACAAUGCUGAUUCCCUGGAAUCAUAAGGAUGAAUCAAGAUUAAUCCUUCAGCUGCUGCCUUGUCACAUGAACCUUUUAAAGGCACAGUGUUGUCGCCGAUCCAGCACCUGGAUUCCCCUCCACCUUGUUUAUUUCCACCGACACUGCAAUGCCACACAUAUCAACCAGCUCCCUUAUUUGCCAAACGUUUAUUGUCGUCAUGCUAAUAAACAUGACUGUUAUCAGACAGAGGUCAGGACUUCUUCAUGAAGAGCUGAAGAGCACAGGAGCUUCACGCCUAACAACUACCAGGCUACUGAAAAGUGCAUUUGUUCUCAGUGCUGCUGUUUUCAUACUGUACAUCUGACCAUAGCUGACAGUAGCAGAUCCACUAUAUCAUGACCUUUUUCUUUACCCUGAUCAAAUUACUUUCUGGAUGAAACGCACUUCUCCUUUUCAAACACCUAUAAAUUUGUUUUAUUGAAUACCAUUGAUGCGAUUUAAACAGGUGGUUUAGCAUGCACUGGUUCUUGUUUAAUGCAUUAGUUUGUAAUUUAAAUCAAGAGGACUGUGAGAUCUUGAGAUCCUUGAGUUAGGUCGACACACAUUUAUAGUGUUAAACCGCUCAUAUGAGCUCUACUGUAUGCAUGGCUUCCCAAAAACCCCCAUGUUCAACUACGCUGGCACUUAGUGUAACCCUGUGUAUAAUAUGAUGGGUACGUAUUACCUAACUAACUAUAAAACUACUGAUCAAUAGACUUAAACCUCUGGUUGUCUGUUUUAACCGCUUUAAUAGUCGCUAUACAAUACAAAGGUUUUUUUGCAAAAUGUCAUUUUUUUAAUCACUUAUUGAGUUGUUCCAUAAUCAUUGAAUACUUUUCUGUUUAGUACCAAAUGAAAGAUUAAAGUAAUAAAUAUUAUAAUUCCAGCUUUAAAAUAAAAUAUAGAAUUAUCAUUUGAGUUUUUUUAAUGUAUAAACUUAUAUUCAUGAAUAUUUGCACUUCUCACACACUAUUUCUGUCAAAAGUAUGCUAGUAAAUGCUAAAUGGGUGAAUUUUAGGAUGCCUGUCAAAACAAUUUUAACAUUUAUUUAAACCCAAAAUUUCUUUUUCUUUUUUUUUAUUUCUUACCUAAAACAUGGACACAUUCACAAUGUUAACAAAGUAUUUAAAAGAAGUGUUUAAAAAUGAUGUAGUAUUUGAUCGCUAUGGUAGUUGUCAUGCUGAUUAAAAGGAAAACUGAUGUGAGAAUAUCAUUGAGUUAUAAAAAUCAUCAUUGCAUUGACAAAUAGAUUUUCAAAAGAAAACAUUAAAUAUCCAAAUGCCCCCAUCACUUUAAUAAUAAAUGAGUUUAAUUGUUAUUAUGUGGUUUCCCAGACAGGGUUUAGAUUAAGAAAGGACUACACCUUGGUUAUAUGGGACAUUUAAGUAGUUUUUACAAAUAUACCUUACAAAAAACAUUACUGUUGUACAUCUUGAGACAAAACAAUGGCAUUGUUAUAUGUUAAGACGGUUCAAACAUGCAUUUUAGUUUGGUACUAGGCUUAAGUCUUGUCUGGGAAACCAUUCAAUAGUGUAACAACAAUGAGAUUUGAACAAGACAGGUUUUGUAAAAUUCACCCAAAUGUCAGACCUUUAUUGAUGAGUUUGUGUGUGUGUGUGUUAUCACCAUUAAAUGGUACAUCUUAAAGUGUAUAUAUGUUGAGAUGUUUUCAAUGUUAUGAUGAUAUUUAUAAGUGCUCUGCCCUUGACUAAAUGAUGAUAUAGUCAAAUGUGUUAAAUUCUGUACUAUUACUAUCAUUUUGGUUCUGGACACACAAAGGCACUUAAUUCUUAAAAGGUUGCAUAAUUUAAAUGAAUACCUGAAAGUAUAAGAUUUAUAAGAGUGAAGUUAGAAAUAAUUGACAACGGGCCGUUGAAAUUAUAUGAAAAUAAUGCGAAGUGGAUGCGGCCACAACGUGAGUCGGAUAUACUUUACCGUACAUUAAACAAGUGCUUUAAUCGUA